CAUAAUGGCGAAAUCAGGGCGAGCGAAGUGUGGGUUCCGGAGACUCCUGCCCGCCCUGCUGCUGUUUAUUCUAGGACAAACCUGGAUCAUUCUUAUGUCCUUACCCCAAUCCUUCCGGCAGCUGGAGACGGAACGGCUUGAGCUCGCGCAGCAACAACGUGGAGUGGCGUACAAACUAAGUGUCAUGGAGGACGAAAAAUACACGUCAAAACUGGAAAGGACUCUCCAAUCCAUCCUCGCCCGUCACCAGAACGUGAGCGAUACCGUAAACCACAACUACAACGUAUCUGCAGGGAACUCCAUAUCUGUCCGACGUUCAGUUCCGGACACCAGACUUUCGGAAUGUCACAAUAUCACAUACCCCAUCGACACCACAUACGCUGUGUCUGUUGUGAUCAUCUUCCACAACGAGGCGCUGUCCACUUUGCUCCGGACCGUCCACAGCGUCAUAGACAGGUCCCCAGAAGAAAACCUGAAGGGAGUGAUCCUCGUAGACGACUUCAGCACUAUGACGUACCUAAAGGACGAGUUAGACAUGUAUUUGUCCCUGGUGCCAAAAGCCAGGGUGAUCCGGAACCGCCAGAGGGCCGGACUGGUCAGGUCGAGGAUGAAUGGGGCCCGCAAUGCCACCGGUGACGUGUUGGUGUUCUUUGACGCUCACAUGGAGUGUAACACGCGCUGGCUGGAGCCACUCCUGCAUGUGCUCAAGGUCGAACCCACCGCGAUUCUACAACCAGUAGUAGAUAUUAUAGCCGCUAAAUCAAUGGAGUAUUACGCUUACGACGACGGACGAAGGUACCGGGGUGGCUUCGGCUGGGAUAUGAGAUACUCGUGGUUUGUGAUACCAGAGUACUUGGAACUGGCCAUAGCAUCCAAAACUACGCCAUUUAUAACUCCUGUCCUAGUGGGGAACGCCAUCGCCGUACGAAGGGACCACUUCUUCAGGAUCGGGGGCUUCGACGAGGGACUUGAUAUCUGGGGAGGGGAACACUUCGACCUGUCCUUUAAGAACUGGAUGUGUGCGGGGAGAGUGUUAACUGUUCCAUGUUCCAAAGUCGGACAUCUGUUUAAGGAGGGCCAAAGUUACAGUUUUGAUGGUGAUCGCUAUACCAUAAUUCAAAAGAAUCUGAUGAGGGUAGCGGAAAUAUGGAUGGACGAAUAUAAAGAUGUUUUCUACAGAAUACGUAGGGCACGAAAUGCCAAUUUUCCCGUACUGGACCAGACGUCUCUUAGAAAACAAAAGAAUUUUAUCAAGUCUUUAAAUUGUAAGACUUUCCGUUGGUAUCUUCAGAACGUACUGCCGGAACAGAAAGUGCCCCCUAUCGACGCCGCCUUCUACGGGGAGAUAACAAACGUAAGGACAACGGGAUGUCUUACUGUUUUGGAUGAUUUUUACAUAGGCAUCACAUUCGAUUGCUUUAAGUACAGAAUUCUACCCAUUAAUUCAUUUACAUUUACAAAAAAUGGUAAAUUCAAAUAUAACGAUAGGUGUGUAUUUGUUGAUAAUGAGAAUCGUUUUUUGAAAAUAAGCACAUGUGAUGAAACACGUGGGGUUUUUGCCGGAAAGUGGUCGUUCGUGACCGAAGACCCAGCCGCGAUUGUCGGAAGUCUUCAUUUCGAGAUCAGUGGUAGUGCACGUAUACUUUGUGUGGGACAUGUCACUGGUGUGAUACAGAAAGUCCACUUCAAAGAACAGAUGGCACAAGGUAUAAAUUGCAACAAGAGUUCUUACCUCGAAACGUCCUAUCAGAAUUGGUUUUUCAUGUAUAAACUCGUAUAAAAAAUUGUUCAUGUAUUCAUUUUGUACAAUUACUGUUAUUUCAUCUUGAAUUUUUAUUGGUCUUCUAAUAAUUUACUUCGACAUACAU